UAUUGCAGAUCAACAAGGAUGAUGUCACCGCCCUGCACUGUAAAGUGGUAUGUCUUAUCCAGAAUGGAAGCUUCAAGGAAGCCUUGAAUGUCAUCAAUACUCACACCAAAGUGUUGGCCAACAAUUCUCUCUCUUUUGAGAAGGCAUAUUGUGAGUAUCGGCUGAACAGAAUUGAGAAUGCUUUGAGGACAAUAGAAGGUGCCAGCCAGCAGACAGACAAGCUAAAGGAGCUCUACGGACAAGUGUUAUACCGUCUGGAACGUUACGAUGAAUGCCUAGCCGUAUACAGAGAUCUCGUCCGAAACUCCCAGGACGACUACGAUGAGGAGAGGAAAACAAACCUUUCGGCAGUUGUUGCCGCUCAAAGCAACUGGGAAAAAGUGGUUCCAGAGAACUUGGGCCUCCAAGAAGGCACACACGAACUGUGCUACAAUGCUGCGUGCGCACUGAUAGGACAAGGCCAGCUGACCCAGGCGAUGAAAAUCCUGCAGAAGGCUGAAGAUCUUUGCCGCCGUUCAUUGUCAGAAGACUCUGAUGGAGCGGAGGAAGACCCACAGGCAGAACUAGCCAUCAUUCAUGGUCAGAUGGCCUAUAUUCUGCAGCUUCAGGGCCGGACGGAGGAGGCUUUGCAACUUUACAAUCAGAUAAUAAAACUAAAGCCAACAGAUGUGGCAUUGCUUGCUGUGAUUGCAAAUAACAUCAUUACCAUUAACAAGGACCAAAAUGUCUUUGACUCGAAGAAGAAGGUGAAACUAACCAAUGCGGAAGGAGUAGAGUUCAAGCUUUCUAAGAAACAACUGCAAGCCAUCGAAUUUAACAAAGCUCUGCUUGCUAUGUACACAAACCAGGCAGAACAAUGCCGCAAAAUCUCCUCCGGUUUACAGUCUCAGAGACCUGAGCAUCUCCUGCCUGUGCUGAUCCAAGCUGCCCAACUGUGCCGGGAAAAGCAGCACUCAAAAGCCAUCGAGCUGCUGCAGGAAUUUUCAGAUCAGCAUCCAGAAAAUGCAGCUGAAAUUAAACUGACCAUGGCACAGCUGAAAAUUUCCCAAGGUAAUAUUUCCAAAGCUUGUCUAAUAUUGCGAAGUAUAGAGGAGUUAAAGCAUAAGCCAGGCAUGGUGUCUGCCUUAGUGACCAUGUACAGCCAUGAGGAAGAUAUCGAUAGUGCCAUCGAGGUCUUCACACAGGCUAUCCAGUGGUACCAAAACCAUCAGCCCAAAUCUCCUGCUCAUCUGUCUCUGAUAAGAGAAGCUGCAAACUUCAAACUCAAAUACGGGCGGAAGAAGGAGGCCAUCAGUGACCUAGAACAGCUGUGGAAACAGAAUCCGAAGGACAUUCACACUCUGGCGCAGCUUAUUUCUGCCUACUCGCUUGUGGAUCCAGAGAAAGCUAAAGCUCUUAGUAAACACUUGCCCUCGUCGGAUAGCAUGUCUCUAAAGGUAGAUGUCGAGGCCCUUGAAAAUUCACCUGGUGCUACGUACAUUCGGAAGAAAGGUGGAAAAGUUACCGGAGAUAGUCAACCGAAGGAACAAGGACAAGGAGAUUUGAAAAAGAAGAAGAAGAAAAAGAAAGGAAAGCUGCCUAAGAAUUAUGACCCAAAAGUUACCCCCGAUCCAGAACGAUGGCUACCCAUGCGAGAACGUUCUUACUACCGAGGAAGGAAGAAGGGUAAAAAGAAGGACCAGAUUGGAAAAGGGACCCAGGGAGCAACUGCAGGAGCUUCGUCUGAACUGGAUGCCAGUAAAACUGUGAGCAGCCCCCCCACCUCCCCGAGGCCUGGCAGUGCGGCGGCCGGCCCUGCCUCCACAAGUAACAUCAUACCGCCGAGGCACCAGAAGCCUGCAGGGGCUCCAGCCACAAAGAAGAAGCAGCAACAGAAAAAGAAGAAAGGUGGAAAGGGAGGCUGGUGAUUGGAACAUUUUUGUCGCAAGCUAUUUUUAAACUAGUCCCAAUGACACUAGGAACAGAAUAAGGUAACACAGCGAGAAGCACAGAACUAUUCCCUUUCCAUCCGUAUUUUCAUGAAGCAGCUUCUUGUCGGCUAGGAGAACAUCAGCCUCAGACUGCCUCGCCAGGCCCGGCCCGCCUCUACCACCUCGCUUUGCACUGGUGGCGACUGGAAGCAACUGGGCAUUUACCCGCCUUGAUGUCGCGCAUUCUCUGUGUGCUGGUUUGAUUGGUUCUCAGUUUCACAAACAAGGCAUGUUAUCCGAUUUCCCAGGAUUUCAGCAGAAACCACUUCUGUUGUCUCAACUGGAACCUGAAGAUACCUGUUGCUACUCAAGUCCCUCUUUAAAUUGUAUCUCAGGAGGCAGAAAGUGGAAUUUUCUGAGUAUUCCAAAUACCUGUUUAGAAAUACCAUGUGAUAAAAAGGGACUCGUAGACCCAGUGUUCUGAGGCCAGGUGGAUUUGGACCGUCUCAAUCAUAAGGGUUAAAGGGCCCCUUUGAGGGGCCGGCAGGUGGGGUUGUGAUAAAGUGCUGGAUUCCCACAUGGCCAACUACAGUUCAAGUCCCAGACCUAGCAGCUCUCUCUCUCUCUCUCUCUCUCUCUCUCUCUCUCUCUGUCUCUUGUCACAUUGAAGAAGAAUAAUAAAAUAAAUCUUUUAAUACAAGGCCCCUGUGAAGAACACAAACCUUGACUCACACAGAGAGGAAAGCAGUGCCCAAGUUCAGGACAGUGUUAAAAAUCUAUUGGGCUCAAUUAAUAGAUACUCACAUGACUCCUGCUAGUAGUCAGGGGUUAUGACCAUUCGUUACCUUUUUCAAAGUCAUGGAAAAAUACCUGUAUAUUUUUAGGUUUUUGCUCUAGAGUAUGUGUGCCUGGUAGAGACAGACAGAGGGGAACUGAGAAAUCAGGCCCCAGAGAGAAUGCCGUAGUCCCUUCUCCAUUUUUUUAUUGGGAUUUUGAGCACAUACGCACACGCACCCAGCAUGAUUCUCAAGCCACCAGAUCCAGGAUUUAAACCAUGCUCAGCUCCGUGGGAAUCCAGCACCUAAAUCACCAGGCCACCUGCUGGCGCCAAGUCACAAACUAGUUCCCCACCAGUUUGUGGUAUCAGUGUUGCUCUUGUCUCUCCUUGCCGCCAAGCCACUUUGACGAUGAACAGCUGGGAGAAGAUGCCUCGGGGUACCUGCCCUUCUUAGUGUUCAUCUUACGCUGCCCAAGAUACCCUUUAAUUUAGACAAGAACCUUGUGAUCACAUUACUCCGUUUCUGUUAAUAAAGUGCUGCUGUGUUUGACUCUGAACAUA